CUCAGCGGUGUGGCUGGAGAAAGCAGGUAGUUUCACACGAAAAGUCACCGUGUGCGCGUGGCUCAAGUGUAAUAAACAUUUCCCAAAACACACGAUGAGUGAUUCAGAACAGCAGCAAGAAAAUGUUUGUGAGAAUGCGUGGCCUGAGAAUGGAGAGGAGUGGAGUGAUGCAGAGAAUGAGAGCAGCAUGGACUGUCAGCUCCUGCAGGCCAUGGCUGAGGAGGACGAGGACAUAAACGUCUACAACGAGGAGACCUUUGGGUUGGAUCCCGACCCCCACAGCACCACAGACUCUCUUGGGUUUGGCAGCGGUCCAUUUGGAGAACAGUUGCCUGAAACGUUGAUACCAGACCCCAAUCCUCCAUCUCUCCACAGCCCCCCCUUAUCACCGCCCAUAAAGAAGCCUCAGUUCCUGCUCAGGGCUGCCCCAUGGCAGCGCGGCAGAGGCAGGGGGCGGAGGGCAGGACUGGACAGGGGGCAGAUGUUCGAGGACCCAGCUGUGAUGAGGAUAGUGGAGGGCCGGCCAAGCCUCAUGAGUCUCGACAACGCUAUAGUAGACUGUGGGCCUGCCGUGUACCGGAACGCCUUUCAGAAUAAUAGGAUGACACCUUGCAGAAAAAACGUCAGGGUCUCGGGAUCAGUACUUCAGGACAGUGCCAUAGUGUGUGUGAUUGGUCACAGAGGCAGAGGUCAGCACAUGAACCACAGUUUCCUGGAGUUGCCACAUCCCAUCCCUUUCGGAGGCAGGAGAGGAGAGCCCAGAGGAUCCUUCAUCAGAAGACAUUUUUAUCAAAGAGUUCCCCCUCAGAUUCAUGCACCCAUGAUACCAGGAUCGCCCAUCUUCUCACGCCAGCCACUGACACCACGACCACAUUUUAACCAGACGGGGGACUUCAGGUUUCCUCCAAACCACCCUUGUCCCUCCUCUCCUCGGCCUCUGGCUCCCAAGGUAAUGCAGCUUCACUUCGGUACCAACUCCCCAAGACCCUCAACCUUUUACAGCCCUUCGUCUACCCCAGUGGAGCCUUUCCGGUACCCCGGUCCAGUCACGCAGCUCCAUCCUCAACACAAACGACUCCUGAGCCAAAAACAGCGGCUGUUCCAAAGAAAGUCUGAGGGCUGGGACCCUUACUGUCAUCUCAUGACCAUUAAAGAAAAGGAGUGGAUCACCCGGCUGCUUAUGAUUCAGCUGCAGAGUGAGAACCCGUAUCUGGAGGAUUACUAUUACCAGGAGUAUUAUCGUCGGAUAGAAGCCAAGUUGGCCGAGGAAGAGCUUGGUAUCCGGAGCAAGAAGGAGCCACUGAAGCUCACAACGCCUUACAUCACGAAAGUGGACGCCUACACUCCAGUGGUGCAUAUUGAAGGCUCUUUAGGCCAAGUUGCUGUGUCCACGUGUUAUUCUCCUCGUCGUGCCAUCAGUGCAGUUCAUGCAGUCCAAGCUCAAAGUCCGGUUGAGGAACAAAAAGACACCAGACAACAGCGGUUAGAGAUUCUAAACAAAAUAGAAAAGCUGUUUGGUGUUUUGCUGGAGGUGGAGGAAAUGGAGAGGAUGAAAAGCACAGUUUUGUCUGAAGCAGAAGAAGUGAGGUUGAGGGAGAAGACCCAGAGAAAAGUGGAGCGAAUCUAUUCACAGCUGCAACACUACAAGUCUGUUGAUUCAGGAGUGGAGUUUCUUCCUUUCCUGACCGUCUCAAAGGGUAAAAAGCUUCUCUCUCGUCUGCUCCCGUUCCUGAAACACGAUGCAGCAAUAAAAGUCCUGCACAUCGUGACCUCCAACCUUCCUACGCUGAUGAGCAAAGACACAGAGGAGGCCCUUCCCGUCCUCUACCCACCUCUCCGAAACGUGAUCACCAGCCUGACGUUCAGUCAGCUCAUCGUUGUCCUCAAAGAUCUGACUUCUUCAGAAUCGCUGUCAACAUAUGAGUGCCUCUCGCUGGCGUGUCAGAACAAGUUUGGACUGUCCUUGCUGUAUGCUCUUUUGUCCCACGGAGAGAAGCUGCUGUCCUCAGGUGUUCCUCUUGAGCCCAGCAUUGGAGACUUUGAGACUUGGACUGACAUAAUCUUCCAGGUGGCGGGACAACUGUCCCAGUGCUCACUGGUAGAACCGCUCCUGCUUCCCUCAAACCUGCUCACGCUCUUCUGUCGAUACCUCGACAAGCGUACUGUGCAUCAGCUAAGAAGCAACAUGGAGUCUGCGACUGGGUUCCUGGCUCUGCCUUCCUGAGGUGGAAGCUGAUGAGAUGUUCAGCUAAAGACCAGAUUGUUUGAACGCUGGAGUGAAGUAAAGCUGGGUCCUCGUGUCAGUAACACCAGAGGUUACAUAAUGUACCCAAUCAUUUUUUGGUCCGAUUACUUACCCUCACCCACUCCUUCACAUUUUUGCACCUCAUACAGUUUCCGUUUUUUUAUUUCAUUUAAUAAUCUAUACUUUUCCUCAUUUUGGUCUC